GAAAAUACUGUAUAGGAGUUUAUGCUUUUCGGUAUUAUUUCACUUUCACAAAUGACUGAUUGCGAAUGUGCUCAAGGCUAAAUAAAGUAGCGAACUUGAACUUUAGUAGGUGAUGCAUAAAGAGUGAAUGUUAUUAUGCACGUUAUGAGUGUUGGGUAUGAAUAUCUUUGAUGAUUCUAUAAAAUACGCAGUAACAAUAACAAUUUACCGUAAUAAAUGAUACAUGUGGGUUGCAUCUGCCGUGGGUUAUCAAGGUAAAGCGAAAUAUUCGGCGAAAAGAAGAAUUGGUUAUAUUGUGUUGUGGGGAAGUAUAUAUUGAAAGUGAUUUUAUAGCCUGCGCACACUUAGCUGGUUUUGUGAUCAUACAUACUGUACAGGUUAUAUGAGUGUGUGGGUUGUUAAGUGAGAUACACACAGAAAUUAUUUACUUCUUCUGAUAACGAAAUCUAUGAGAAAUUAGAAGCAGGGACACGCCUUCUGGAAUUUAAAGAAAACUGCGCUUCCAAUAAAGGAUUGACUAGAAGGAUUACUUUAUUUUGAAGCUGUUAUAGUGAAGGCAUAAUUUUAAAGUUCAAAUUAAACAAUGGCGGACGAUAUUCCAUAUCUUACCGAAGGAUAUCUUGGGGAACAGGCGAAGUUUGCAGAAUAUGGGCUUAAGAACGUAUCUCAUCCCGAGCCGGUGAUCAGAUUGGAUACAAAUAAAGUGGAGAUUGUCAUCGGAAUGAGCGAGAAGACGAGGUUCACUACAAAAUUUAAGCGUAUGGAACCUAUUCAAGAAAUGAAUAACUGCGUGUUUGCACAAAAUAUGGGCACUUCGAUGCAUUUUAAUAUCGCUGUGUCUCAGCCAGGGUUUUACAAAUUCGAAAUCUACGCUCUACCGAGUAGCCAGGCUGGACCCAACUUCAUCAACGUGUACAAUUACCUAGUGCACGUUAAGUUCGUGGAUGAAUAUGUGGAACCGUUUCCCAAACAGUAUCCUCUUUGGAAACAGGAAGGCUGCUUUGUUUUUGAACCCAGAAUGAUUCAAAAGGGAUGCCAAUCCGGGGUUAAAUUCCGCUAUCACGUUCCUAGGGCCGUAGAUGUUCAGGUGAAGGCCGGCGACGACUGGUAUAAACUUGAUAAAGUUGAACCGGAUAUCUAUGAAGGAUACAUAGACUUUGGCAAGACGAAUUACCCACCGGGAAGUAAGGUUAAAUUAAAUGUGAAAUUCGGUAAGAGUAACAAGUACGACAUUCUGCUAGAAUAUACAGUAUAGAAAGUUAAAACAGUCUGUGUUAAUUUAAAAAAAAAUGCUUUCCGUUGUUUAUGAUAUUAGCAUCCAGGAAACUAUGGAAGUCAGCCAAUGAGAUAAUGAGAUUGCACAGCAAGAUUUCUUUCAUUUACAAACAUCUUCCUUUGCUAGUCAUUUGAGUUGGUAUUUAUCUUUGAUUAAUGUUAGCGAAUGCAUUAAUGAGAGUUGAGGACUUGUCGUUCGAUACAGAACAGAAGGUGGUCAAGAACUAUUGGAUUUUGAAAAGUUCCGGAACUUUGUUUUUCUCUCUAACUUGUAAAUGUUGUGUUUUUCUUCUUUAUUAAUACUAUAUUUCAAAAUAUUUUAUACACUUAUAGUGACUUUUGCUCAUUUAUUAUCACAUUUAGGCGAAAAGCACCAGAGCAAUGUUUCUUUGUAAUUAAUUACAGAUAACUUGUUGGGUUUUUAUUUUUACUUUAUUUUACCAUAGUAUUAAUAUUUUCUAGUGCUCAUGCGUGUGUAAACCCUGCAGAAUAACACACACGAUGAAUAAAGCCCAAAAGGGACUGCACGUUGAAAAUGUUCUUUCUUUAAUGAUUUUUGCUGCUCGAAUAAAACAUUACAAA